AUGUCUCCCGGAGGAUCUGGCUCACAGCAACCAUUUUCUUCCCGCAGGUAUCAAUCAAAUCUGCCCAAAGUUUCGGACUCGCAAUCGAACGUUGGGCUUUCGUCUCCACUAGUCCAGUCAGUGGAAACUCCCGACUUUUCACAAAGCGUUCUUCCUGGAUCAGACUCUCACUUGCCCAUUCAGCACAUUCAGCACAUUCAGAGUUCUAUUUGUGCUGUGCAAAGCGGUUCGCAAUCAACACAACGACUUGCACUGUCACUUCCCUCGCAUCAUUCAACAACGCUGGAUACCAGCCCAAGUCAGCCUCAUACUCUGCUGGGCUCGAACUAUCCACCCACAGAGUCAACAGCGCAGUCUUCUAUUGAGGACACAACUCCUAUUAAAGAAGAAAUUGGGUCAGAAGAUCCACGCGGCCUUGGCAUCUCAUCAUACCCCAUGUCAGUAGUAUCAGACACUUAUUUUGCUGGCCCAAUGCAGCACAAUACUCACCAAUAUGCGUGGACAAAUCGACCUUAUCAGCCUCUGCAACCACCACCAGGACAAAUGUGCCCGCCAUUUUCAUCUUCACAUCCGUCAUAUCCUUCAUCGAGCUAUCCGAUGAGUUAUCCCAAUCACUCAAAUGGGCCGCUGCAUGGAUACCAACAGCAAGAACAUCAAUUACCGGCCUCUUAUCUCGCAGCACCUGGCAAUCCUUCCCGUCACAGCCAGCCUCGAAGUCCACCCAUCGCUCGUCCCUACCACCAUCAAUCUGUUUCGGCCACUCCUUCUCAGCCCGAGCAGCCUCUCCUGACGUCUCCUCCUCCUUAUAUGAUAAACCAACCUGCCUACUACUUCCCUGACACAUCAGCCAUUCCAUCGCACCCUGCCUCCAUCAGCUCUCAGCCACCGUCGAUGACUGCCCCCGAGUCAAUGUACUCUUCGCCAGAAUCAGCCGCCGCUACAGAUACUGACCAUCCAGUCCGAGUACUCAGCUUGCGCCCGCGACCACAAUGCUGGGACCAUGGCUGCAAUGGUCGUGAGUUCUCAACAUUCAGUAAUCUCCUCCGCCACCAGCGAGAAAAGUCAGGAGUGGUGGCUAAGGCCGAAUGUCCAAUAUGCGGUGCGGUAUUUACCCGUACGACAGCACGCAAUAUCCAUGUUGCGCAGGGCAAGUGUAAAAGCUCAGGCAGGGAAUCAUCCGCUGAGUAG